AUGCGAGAGAGGGCCACCUGGAUGCACCAUCGGGCGCGGCACUGGCACCUUCUGGGCAGUGUCCUCGUCCGGAGGUCAGACCAACGGAACGUGCUAGUGACGAAGGCGAUCCCGGGUGCCGACGGGUGGACCGACCAUCGUCUCAUCAUCUCCAAAAUGCGGAUUCGCCUACAGCCUCGCAGGAGACCUUAAUGCAAGCGACUCCCAGAUAAGCUGGAUAUUGCUUGUUUGUCUUUGUUUGUUCACCACCUUCGGGCUAGCUCAACGGCUAGCCAGCCUUCCAGUGGCCGCCGUUCCCGCGCUGCCGAGAACGUCUCCGUGGAGAACCGAUGGUGUCAACUGCGGGACACAGUCCAGUCAACCGCCCUGGCUGUCCGCGGCCACGCACGAUGCCAACACCAGGACUGGUUCGAUGACAACGACGCCGCCAUCAGCAACCUGAUUACCGAGAAGAACCGCCUGCACAAAGCCUACAUCACUCGCCCCACCGACGACAACAAAGCAGCCUUCUACCGUAGUUGUCGCCUUGUGCAGCAGCGGCCGCGGGAGAUUCGAGACGCUUGGACGGCUCUCAAGGCCGACGAAAUCAAAGAUUACGCUGAUCGCAUUGAAUGGAAGAAUUUCUUUUCCAUGAUCAAGGCUGUCUACGGUCCGCCAACCAAAGGCACUGCAUCUCUUCUAAACGCCUACGGCAGUACCCUACUCACCGAGAAGGCACAAAUUCUGCAGCGAUGGGCAGAGCACUCUAGAAGCGCCCUCAACCAUCCCUUCACCAUCUCUGACGCCGCAAUCCCCCGUCUGCCUCAAGUGGAGACCAACGCCGACCUUGACUUCCCACCCUCCCUCCACGAAACCAUCAGGGCCGUGCAGCAGCUAUCCAGCGGGAAAGCGCCAGGAGCUGACACGUUUUCUGCUGAGAUCUACAAGCACGGUGGCCCGCAACUCAUAAAUCUUCUGAUUACGCUCCUCCAGGAGAUGUGGCGUCAAGAAGUCCCACAGGCCGCCAAGCACGUCACAGUCGCCCAUCUCUACAAGCGGAAAGGUAAUCGCCAGCUCUGCAGCAACCAUCGAGACAUUUCCUUCCUGAACAUCGCCGGGAAGUACUUCGCCUUUAUCCUCCUCAACCGCCUGAACAACCACCUAGAACAAGGUCUCCUGUCGGAAAGCCAGUGCGGCUUCCACCGUCAUCGUGGGACCACGGACAUGAUCUUCGCCGUCAAUCAAAUGCAGGGGAAGUGUUGGGAGAUACGGACUCACGUAUACUCUACCAUCGUGAAUCUGAUUAAAGCCUUCGACACGGCGAAUCCCGAAGAACUUUGGAAAAUCAUGCACAAAUUGGGUUGUCCUGAGCGAUUCGCCCAGAUCGUGCGUCAGCUCUACGAUGACAUGAUGGCGCGACUCACAGACAACGGAGCUGUCUCAGAGGCAUUCGCAGUGACCAACAGAAUGAAGCAGGCCUGA